AUGUCUGGUUUUUCCUCCGUAUUAUUCGCAUUACAUCUCUUUCCAGCCUUAUUUGUUCAAUGUGGCCCGACCCAUUCAACAGACAUUGAUCACACCAAAACAUUAGUCGAAAAUCUUUUCGUACCCCAAUUGGUGGAUAAAUCCAGUUUUGUACCAGAUCACACUUCUUCAGAAGUAACUGAUACCAUCAAAGGGGUGAACAAACUUCCAUCGCCAAUCAAAAUCACACCAUACGCAGCUUUCUUCCGCAAAAGUGAAGUAGUCAAGGCGGAAACCAACAAUGAGACCGUAAAAUAUCUAGCCGACAAGGUGAUGUCGCUCGUCUCAACGCUGAACCCGACUCCAGAGCUGUGGGGCAGUUGGCUUGAAGGUAAUAAAGCCACAGUGGAUGACUGUAUCAGACUAGCUGUAAGGUCUUUCCAUUCUGAAGUAGGUUGCAAUGAAAAGGAAAGAUCUUGGAUCGUGGGGAUAUUGGCUGCAAUUUCAAGGUACCUGCCGCCAGAACCCGAAGAUCAACAAAUGACAGAAGAAGCAGAGUUUUCAAAAAUGCCCUGGAGUAAUCAAGUGGUUCUAGAGAUCCAAGCUGCUGCGAACUUCGAAUUUUGUAUGACAAAGAGAUUUGAGUCGCUUUGGCUAGGAGAAGAGCAUAUUUCAGCAGAAGAGUCCAGUAAAGGAUUGGAGGAGCUCCUUCAGCGGGCCGCGUUACUUGGGCAUUACGACUCGACAAAGGACGCAAAAUAUCCGUGUUUGUUGACCACAAUCUAUGAGCCCAUCUCGAAACAUUUACUGAAAAGUCAACUACCCGAUAAUGAAAGGGAAUUAUCACAGCUUAUCAAUGAUUUCAAAUACUUCUUCAAGAAUACCAACCUAGGUGAAUGGGAAGGAGAUUAUUCUAAAGCUAUAUUUCAACAUAUACUAAAUCAUUCAUCUCAAGCUCAAAAGAUUUUCAUCACUCUGCUACAAGAUUAUUCCUUCUUCAGAAAGAUCCACUUCCCUUUUGCAAAGAAAGACAUGAUUGAAUAUUUGAAAUUUCGACCAGAAGUUGACGAGUCACACGAGUAUGUUAGAAUGAUAGAGGGUUGGCACGAAGAACAGACCUUAGGAAAGACCUCCGAAGCUGGUGGCGAUGAACUGUUAAAUCGUGUUUACAGCCACAUUCACUCUCAAGAAAAUGAAAGAUCUACCCUUGAACAUCAUAAUUUUUUGGCUGCAUUUCAUCUCAUAUUUCCUUGUCAGGAAGCUGAACUCCAAGAAUCCAUUCAAAGGUACCCAGAACAAUUCAGACCUAAGCACUCAUUGCGCGACUGGUCCCAAUUAUAUCCGUAUGGCAGAGUCCCAGAUGCUGACUUCAAAUUUGGCGAAUAUCAAUGGAUGCUGCCGGUUAAAAAUCCCGACUACCUUCAAAAGUCUGUGCUCUACCAGUUAAUGAACAAGAUGCAAAACUCCAAGGAACAAAAUAUCAAAGACCUAAGGACUUCUCUUCGAAAUUGGCCGCCUACAAGCAAGGGAGUUGUGAAGAAUGACUACUAUGAUCAAGCCAUGAAGAAUUUGCAAGGGGCCCAGAAAGCUGCUUCAGUUCAUGAGGUUUAUGAAAUGAGCCUUGAAUUCAUCUACUACCUAGUCAAUUUUGAGUCUGGAUGUGCACAAGAUUUUGUGAGGAAGAUGAAAGAUUCCGUUGUAUUUAGAACAACUAUCCAGAAAGCCGCCAAACUUCUCAGAACUGCAAGAAAAUCUACAUCUCAUGAAGAAGGGAGUCUUCAUAUUGUGGCUUCCCGCUUUGAUGGCUUUCUGCAGAAAGCUGAGAAUAUUUUCAAAGCUAUUCAACUCAAUGGAAACCAGCAAGAUUACACGGCAAUUGAAGAUAUGGCGAAAGAAUUGAAAUCCAAAGAUCAUGAUUUCCAUUUGACUGUUGAAGGAGAACCUCUGAAAUUCAAAUUGGGAAAGAUCAGAUUUAAUGUCAAAAAUCAGGAAGCUAGACCUUAUCUCAAAGAGAAUUCAGGAGAAUUCCCAUCAUGGUCUUUGCCGUCUCCCUCAUUCAUGAGAAAAGUUCAUUCCUUAGAGUCAGACAUUGAAGAUCUUUUUGAUUGA